GUGACUACGUUUGCAACUCCCGAGGUUUCUGUCUCUCCUUCUUGCUGUAAUAGUCAGUGAGUGGUGGCACAGUGCGCACCAACCUCCACUGUCCAAGGAGAUCACACACAAACGCUGCGCAGACUCCUCUCUUUCUCUCUCUGGAUUUGCUUCACUCUCUCCAUGUCUCUAUCCGAUUAAUAGCUUUCGCUUUGCUUUUUUACUGGGGUCUGCUGCUUCCAUUUCCUUCUUUCUUGAAGCUACUACAGAGCUACAUCCAAUACAAAGCACGCGUCUUUCUGCUCAUUUUCCUCUUCCCCAACGAACCCAUUGCGGGUUUGUACACUCAAUACUUUGUUAACUGAAAGUCAGAAGUAGACUGGAUAUUUUGGUUCAAUUUGAGUUGGGCGACGAAUCGGCUAGUGUGUGACGAUAUUCGAUGGAUCCACCGGCGAUUAUGAAUGAUGGGUCCUACAAUUUGGCGGAGAUCUGGCAGUUUCCUGUCAAUGGUAACGGAAGAAGUCAGUUUGGGCAGAGUCUGGGUAUUCAGUUUGGGGAUUCCAACCGAGAAGUUUUGUGUUGUGAUCCGAUGAAUUUGGAACAAAGAGGAAACCGUGGUGGUGGCACCGCCGGUGCAAGAAAACGGCGUGAUGUCGUGGAGGAUGAUUCCGCGAAGGUCGUUUCUUCAAGCAAUGUCAAUGGCAAUAGCAAUGGAUUGAGCAAUUAUGAUACAAAAAAGCUUAAAACAUCUGGAAAUAGAGAUGAGAAUGGCAAUUCCAAAACUGAUGCAGAACCCAGUUCAGGCAAGCAUGUGGAACAGAAUGGUCAACCACCAGAACCACCUAAACAAGAUUACAUACACGUACGAGCAAGAAGGGGUCAAGCUACUGAUAGCCAUAGUCUAGCAGAAAGAGCUAGGAGAGAAAAGAUAAGCGAAAGGAUGAAAAUUCUGCAGGAUCUAGUCCCUGGUUGUAAUAAGGUUAUUGGCAAAGCCCUGGUCCUUGAUGAGAUUAUUAAUUAUAUCCAAUCAUUACAACGUCAGGUUGAGUUCCUAUCAAUGAAGCUUGAAGCUGUAAAUUCAAGAGUGAUCCCUGAUAUUGAAGCAUUUCCGUCUAAAGAUUUUGGCCAACAAGCCUACGAUACUACUGGCGUGGCAUUUGGUUCACAAGCCACAAGGGAAUACGGCCGCGGUACAGCACUGGAUUGGUUGCAUAUGCAGGUUGGUGGUUUUGAAAGAACGUCAUGAUCUGAAAAGAUAAUCAUCAAUGGUAAUAAGAGCGUCAAGUAGCAAUACUUCUUCCUUCAGUUGCUGUCAGAAUAUAUACCCCACUAUGUUAAAUCAAAGACACGACAUAUUUCAUUUUCAACAUCAGACAUUCAGACUUGGAGCUACUGUUGGUCUAAAACGACUGCUCUGGUACUGCCUAAACAUCUCCAUUCAUUGGUGUGUUGGAAAAUGAUUCUUUACUCCAUAUAUCUCUUGGCAAGCUUCUCGUUCUUCUCUGUACGAGUACCUGAAUAGUGCCAUUUAGAACUGAGCAUCUGUCUUGUAAAAGGAAGUUGUUUGUUCAAAAAUUCUUAAUGCCCAUAUAUUGUAUAAACCUUGUUUUCAACCUUGAACUUGUUGAGAAGCUGAAGCUUGUCCAAUAAAGUAAGCAUAUUAAGAGCUCUGUAUCUUUGUAAGUCUCGAUUUGAUAAAUCAUAGCAAUUAUAUCCUUGAUCAUCCUUGUUUCA